AUGUUUGCUGGACUCUCAGGUUAGUCCAGGGCAGGCAUCCUUUUUCAUACAGCAUAUACUGUACAUUUGCCAAUAUUUAAGGACUUCAUAAAACAUUCAUAACCCAUACAUAACUCAUUCAUAAGGGCUUCAUAAGAAUUUAAUAAACAAUUACACUUUGCCAUAACUUGCCCUUACCCAGGAAAGACAGACAUAACGUCCAUGAUGCUGGAUGCGGGUGCAGAGACAGACCUGGUCAACUCAGUAGGCCGCAUGGCUGCUCAGAUGGCUGCUUUUGUGGGUAAGGCAGUGAUCACCUUAAACUUAUUUUCCUGCAAAUACUCUGCUUUUUGGUUACUUUUUCUGAAUUGGCUGAAUUUAAAACAAAAUAGAUCACAGCCCUGAUGUCAGUCCCCUUGUCACAAACUGUUGUUUAUUAUGAUGAUUAUGAAAAUCAAGAUGAUGAUGAUGGUAAUGAUUGUGAUUAUGAUGAUUGUCCUUACUCUCAGGCCAGCACGACUGUGUGACAGUGAUCAACAACUUAUUCUCUGGAGCGCGGCUGGAGUACUACACUAGACCUCAGGGGCUGGAGCGAGAAGCCAAACUGCCCCCCAAACUGGCCGGACCUCUUCAUAAGAUCUUCAUGACCUCCAACCUCAACCCUGUCAAGGUGGAGAUAUUAUAUUCUACAUUGAAUUCUAAAUGGUUCUUAUCUAAGGGGGAAGUAAAACAAAUAAAAAUAAACUCUCCUUAAAGCUCUGUGCACUGCACACUCUACGAGAUUGCUUUUAGUGUGAGUGUUUAUGUAAAAUUGAGAAUAAAAUGCAUUAAAGGAUAUAUUUUUUGUAAUUUUUCUACUUACCCUGAGUCAGAUCAACUCAUGGAUACCAUUUGUAUGUCUCUGCGUGCAGUUGGUAGGAAGUGGAAGGUCGUUUCUGAAGCCAUUUCUAACUAGCGUUAGCUCAAUGACUGGACGUCCACCGGAGCAGCUAGCAGAAACUACCUUCAACUUCCUUCAAACUGCACGCAGAGACAUACAAAUUGCAUCCUUUAGUUGAUCUGACUCUGGGGAAGUGGAGUGUGUUGACCAUGUUGUUAAGACACUUUAGAUGGCCAGAAUGGUUUCCAGGAACCCAAUGGGCUUUGAUUUACUACAUUUUCCCAGUAGUCUAAGGGUGCUUCUGAAAUGACACCCUAUUCCCUAUUUAGUGCACGUUGAUAUCUUUGACAGUUAUGAGAGUGGGGAUGGGGGGUACAUUUGAUUAUGGGCUCCCACCCCCUUCCCCCUAAGUCCCUCUGUUAUUCUAUAAUUCAACUAUGGCUUGGAUAGCCUAGUGCCCUUUUGAAUUCCAUUCCCUGCAUGAUCAACCCUCACCUGCUGCAGGCUGCAGUCACACGCCCCAUGGUGCCGCUGCCCGCUUUAGAUCUGUCUAAAUAUAUCUAUCUGUCUGAACAUGAACGCAGGACACAGAGAGAGAUACCACUGUAACACUCUCAGACCUGUGCUGUAUUAGCCUGCUGGCUAAAGUCAUGUUUCAAGUUUCAAGUGUUAUUAGUCGUAUGUACAGGAUACACAUGUUAUACACCGUCCAAUGAAAUGUUUACUUAAAGUCAUGUUACGGUCAGGGUAGUGCACCAAUGUACAAGAAAAGUCAGAUCUGUUUAGGCUGUCUAACCAACUGCACACACCUGGUGGCUGUCAUAUGUUUAGAUGAGAUAGCCUAGUUAUUUUACAAGUGUUUUUCUGAGUCAGUUAUGAAGUCAUAGGAGAGUGUGUUUAUUCAGUAGCAUACCAAGUGACCAGUCAGUACUCAGCCUGUGGUUUCUGCCACAUUGUCUCUGUGAAGGUUAGUGCUUCUUUACGUAAUAGGACUUCAAUUUGUUGAAACAUUGGAAAGUGUUCAUUUGUUUCUCUUAAACAGCUUUGUUUGACAUUGGGAAUCUCUUCUCUAGAACAUGAGCUGUGACGGCCUCGCUCUCACACACUCUUAGAAAAAAAGGUUAUAUCUAGAACCUAAAAGGGUUCUUCGGCUGUCCCCAUAGGAGAAAAAAAAACAAAAACAAAAAAGGUAUUCGUUUUGUACUCUUCUUCCUCUCUCUCGCGUUCUCUCUCUCCCUCUCUCUUUCUAACUCUCUAUCUCUCUCUCUUUCUAACUCUCUUUCUCUCUUGCUCCGUCUCUCUCUUUCUAUCAUUCUCUGUAACACUUUCUACCUCCCUCCCUCCCUCACCCCCCCAUCCCCCAGCUGGUGCUUCUGGUCAGGGAGAACCCUCUGCUGGUGGACGUGGGAGCAUUAGAGAAGUGUUACCAUGUCAUGGACCUGCUGUGUGAGCAGUGUGUGAAGCAGCAGGAUAUGAACGAGCUGCUGGCCAUGAAGAUGCACUACAUUAGCUAUGUGCUGCAAAAAUGCAUGGCCUUCCUUCUGGACUGUGAUGACAAGCUAGAUGUGCUCAUCAAGAGGUGUGUGUGUGUAUGUGUGUUGUCACUCUCCAUGCAUCUUCUUGUUCCUCUUGACAGUGGUUGCUGUGACUGAUUGCAUUGCUAGCAUUCUAACCUGUACCCAUCCAAUUGUAUUAUUUUCUGUUGUUGUAAACAUUUCCAGACUAACAAUUGGGUACUAAUUGUUGUGUUUUAUAGUGCAGUAUAUUGCAUGCAUGCUGUGUGUAAACUGUAUAGACAGUUCCCUAGUCAAUUUCCAUGCUUCAUUGUCUUUAAAAUAAUUUGUAAUUUGUAUGUCUCUUCUCUCAGCCUGUUGAAGGGGAGGGAUGGAGAUGGUUUUCCUCAGUACCAGGAGAAGUUCAUUAGAGACUGCAUCAGGAAGUUUCCCUACUGUGAAGCCACACUGCUGCAGCAGCUGGUCAGGAGUAUCGCACCAGUGGAGAUCGUGAGUGAACUUCCAGUCAUUCAUCCAGUCAAACCUUCCCUUGACUUAGGUCUCAUCCAGUGUAAGGCUCCUCCUAUGGACUCAAUCAUGGACUCACGUAAUUUGUCCCCGCGGGAAAUUAACCAAUUGAAGAUUGACUGGAUUACGCAAAACAUGUUCAAUGUUUAAUUUCCAUAUUAAGGAGUCCAUGAUCAUUCUCAAUGAAUUCUGAUUAUAUUGACAAUUGAUGUUAUUACAAAUGCCUUUCUGUAUGGGAGCGUUCACUGUUCAAUGUUUAACAUUCCAUGUUCCACUGCUUCUCUUGUCUUCAGGGUAACGACCCGACAGCGUUCUCGGUGCUAACCCAGGCUCUCACGGGUAAGAUGACCUUCAUAGACACUGAGUUCUGGGCUACGUGUGGAGAGAGGGGGGCAGAGAAGAGAUGUUCCCUCUGCAAAAUGGUACGAAAACCACCUCCGAACUCCGAUACAGAAGCACAUGGUUUCUCUCAUUCGUUUCCCUCUCUAUUACUUUGGUUACACUUAAUGAUAACGUUCAUGAAUACACCGUUCUUAUAUGCUUAUAAAUGCUUAAUAAAUGCUAAUACAUGUUUUCUAUUACUACUACUACAGGUGACGUACUGUGGGUUGAUGUGUCAGCGACUCCACUGGUUCACCCAUAAGAAGAUCUGUAGAGGACUGCAGGAGAAGGAUACCCCGAGACUGAGGGAGCUCAAUGGUAAACUACACACUCCUAUCUGUUGAAAACACAUACAGUAGGUUCACUAUAGUUAUACUACAGUGUGCUAUGGUACUCCAUACUGUACAUGCUUUUUAGCCCAGGAAUAGGCUUAUUCUGGGUUUGGGAUACUGACCUCUAAAGCCGGCUUUACUACUGGAACUUGUUACAUACUUGUAGCUUUGUGGCGCCUUCUAAGGCCAACUUUAAACCAUUUUCCCCCUUUCCUCUCUAUCCUGGGUCCAGAUGAGGAGAGUGACAUGGUGAAGGAGACAGCCAGCUUCCUGGCAGAGCUGUGCUUGAAGGCAGAAGAGCGCAUGGCGUCAUUAGGGUGUCCCAUUCCCUCAGCGCCAGACCAGCUGAACUGCCCCUCCACAUCCUCAGAGGGACCACCAUCCUGCAACCAGGAAUGAGAGGGACUGCUGCUGUUCUUUUUCUACUGGGUAGUUAAUUCAUUCAUUGAUUAAUAUUACUGAUUGGCCAG